AUGUUCAUACCAUGCAAACCACCUGCAACUCUGCUGAUGUUAAUGGUGUAUGAAAUAGGAAGACACAUUCUCCGAUCCGUGAUCACCGCCCGGGCAUAUGUCAGUCAUCAGUUCUGUGUCUCUGACUCUGAGCUGAGGACGCGGUACUUUAUAGCGCUUGCCCUUACAACCCUAGAUGUAAUAGUUCUAAUACAAAUCUUCAACAAUGUGUUAUCAUUUAAUGAUGACCAUGGGGCGAAAUCUUCAAUUGAGUUCUCCCAUCAUGCUGGGAGCGAUGAAGUGACUCACUCUUGCGUACCUUCGUACGGACUGAGUACACCACUGACAUAUAGUUUAGGGAACUACCACGAGGAAUUGGACCUUUUAUUUCUAACUAUCGCUACUAAGGUUGUCGAAAAGCAAUUCGAAAGUGAUGAGAUUAAAUCCUUCAUUAACAACAAUGAAACUUUUGAUCUUCUUUUGUUGGAGACCUGGAUUCGGCCGACACUCUUCUGGACUUACGUUUACGAUGUUCCUGUAAUUUCUGUCAGCUCUUUUGGUUCAUUAUACAACGACUACGUGAACAUGGGUGGUCCUAUACAUCCUUUAUUGCAUCCUACGAGUUUGCAACGUGAUGUAUGGAAUGAAAACUUUUGGCAGAAAAUUUUGGCCUUGAAAGAGUAUUGGAAAUUGGACUCUAUGUUCAAUGAACUGGAGAUAGAAGAAGAUGCUUUAGCGAAGAAACUGUUUGGUGAGGUGCCUCCCUUAAAAGAGCAGAUAAAGAAAAUAGAGUUACUUGUUUUGAAUGUCCAUCCGGCAUGGCAAGAGGCUCGUCCUGUGCCUCAAAAUGUGGUGCAUUUAGGAGCAACUCAUCUGCAAGAUGAGAACCAAACGAUGCAUAUAAGCCCACAACUCGAAGAGUAUUUGGAAUUGUCAACGGCUGGUGUGGUAUACAUCAGCCAAGACAAGAACAUAGGAACCUCAAUACUACCUGAACAUUUAAAACGCAAGCUAAUCAGAGCAUUUAGCAAACUGUCUUGCCCUGUGCUUUGGAACUGCGAUGAAGACAUUAAGGAUUUGCCACACAACGUCAAGCUUGGGAAAUGGUUCCCUCAGGCAGCAUUAUUAAACCACCCAAACAUUAAUCUCUUUAUAAGUCAAUGUGGCCAGCAGUCUAUUGACGAGGCUAUUGCCUCAUCAGUCCCAGUGCUAGGGCUACCUCAGACAGAAGACCAGUGGCGGAAUGCUGAGCUACUGGUACAUCACGAAGUUGGCGCCACUGUCGACUUAGAGACAAUAAGCGAUGAAGAGUUAAGGAAUAUUAUUGAGGAUACUAUGAAGAACGAAAGAAUUUCCCAAUUUCUUAGUAGCGACAUCUAUCGCACAACAUUAACAACAGCACCAAUAACGUGCAAGAUUCUUCAUCGCGGUAUACCUAAGAGUUCUCAUCGCAAUUAG